GGACCCAACCAGUCCACGACAAAACGGCAGCAUUCGCUACAACUGGCUUUGCCCGCCUCAAAGCAACUCACAAAGUUUUACAAACUAACAACGUGUUACCACCGUCUACCUAAUCCCGUUUCCAACCUCAAAGAUGGCACAACCCAUCCAGAUGACCAACGAACAGUUAAAGGCACUGAUCGAAGCAGUCCGUAUCAGCGCCGCCGGAGCAGCAGCAGCCGCUGGAGGAGCUGAAAAUCCCAUCGCUACGGCAAAGGGCAGCUUCUCCGCCUGCCAGCACAAAUUUGGCGGAGCCCGCGACUACGAUGAGGUGGAAGAGUUCAUUACGAACAUAGUGACCUACAAGGAGCUAGAGAACAUCACUGACGAGAAUGCCCUCAAGGGGCUCUCGCUCCUUUUCUACGGACUGGCCUCUAUCUGGUGGCAGGGCGUUCGCAAGGAGGCAAACACCUGGAACGACGCCAUUGGGCUCAUCCGUGAGCACUUCUCGCCCACAAAGCCCGCCUACCAGGUCUACAUGGAGUUCUUCCAGACCAAGCAAGAAGAUCACGAUCCCAUUGAUACCUUUGUGGUGCACAAGCGGGCCCUUCUGGCCCAGCUUCCCAACGGACGCCACGACGAGGAGACCGAGCUGGAUCUGCUUUACGGGCUUCUCAACAUUAAAUACCGUAAGCACAUUGCCCGCACGUCCGUUCAGACCUUCAAGGAUCUGCUCGAGCAGGGCAGGGUCAUCGAGCACAAUAACCAGGAGGAUACGGAUCUUGCCAAUUCGAAGAACGUCCGAGGCAGCCGUCGCACCACCCGCUGUACAUACUGCAACUUCCGGGGUCAUACUUACGAGAACUGCCGCAAGCGUGCCCAGAAGCGGCAGGAGGAGAACAAUGAAGAAUAGACGACAUCAUCAAAAAUCUGGAGGGAGAGCAGCGAAAACCAAAUUACAUCAUCGGUGGCUCUCACUUCAAAAAACACUUCUCAGAACUUUUCGCGGCCACACCCGCCGUCAACGUCAGCGAGAGCCCAACUGGAGGAUGAGCGAGCAAGAUGAGGAACCAAAUCGACAGCAACAGCAACACCAAAAGUCACGGCAGCAACGUCUGCCGCAUCCGUCGAAGAUUCCACAACAAGACUGCAAACUUAAUCUCCACACACUCACUGGCGAAUGGCGUGCCGGUAAGCAGCGGUUAGCGUCUGCCCACAAAUCAAAUCCCACGCCGUUUCCGUCAAUAGCUUCCAGUGGAAACGGCUUCACCCAAAAUCACUUUCACGCCGCCAUGCGGCUAUCCUUGGCAAAGAACGCCAACAUUUGCGCUCACAAUUUUUAAAAUUGUAUUUUUGAAUUGAAUUUUACAAGAACAAGCAAUGUGCCCGAGAUCUGCUGACCAGGGGACGGUUGAGGAUCAAGGAUUUCGUCCAAAAGUUUGGAGCAUCUUGACGGCGGAGUGUGAAAUUUAUGGGACACAAGACGGAUCGUUUAUCCAAGGCGAAAGCUUAGGGUAAUCGCAUCUAUCUUUGCCUGCAAAUUUCCAUUUCUGCCGUUAGGACUCCGAAUGGAUGUUUCUUGAUCCCCAAUCGUCCCCAAGGUCCAGCAGUUCUCAAAACCGCCGCCUCCACUUUGUGCCGUUCAGCGGAAGGUCAACGAUUAAAAGGCAACUGAAUUUGAUAAUUUUUGCAUUCUAACCAAUGCUGAGAUCAUCCUGUUCGUUGCCGUAAUACUGUCGUUGAGUUUUCCGACUGAUUCUGGUCCUUUUUGAAGGCAGCAAAAAACCCCCCGUCCGGUGAUCGCCCUCUUAGAUCCUUUUGCACGUGACAUUGACAGCCCCAAAGGGCUGGAACAUCCAUUUUCAUGUUUGGGGCCUCGGUCUUGAACUGUUUUUGGGGGUUCGGAACCCUUUGAAAUGUCUCUGGUGCGAGUGGAGCUACAGGGGGCGUGAACUGGGCAAAAACUAAAUUUCCUACGGAAAUUUAAAAACCAACCAACCAAUUUUUGACUUUGUCAAAAUAUUUCGAAACACACGGCACUACGAUGGCUCCCGAAACGCCAUCCGUGCGGUUGGCACGUCAAAUUGUCCCAUUCGGGAUCACGGGUGUUGGGCUGUACUCAUUUUCACCCCUGCGAUCCCGCGACAAGCUUGAGGCACGCCAAAAACCAUCACAAACCAACACAACUACAACGGGCUGGUCGUCGUCGAGGUCGAGCCCCUCCAGCCGACAGCGACUCACCCGCCCCUUUGUUAAAUUUGGCCUUCUGCGCAGAACAAAUAGGCGCGAGUGUCAUCAAUCUGUCUAUUCGAAGCUACAUACAUUGAAGAAUGGUGGCCCUGGCUGAACUUGCGAUGUGCGCCAUCAACUGGAGCUUUGGCCACAAGCACCCCACAAGUUUGGCCCGCAUACUCCACUGAAAAGAAAAAAAAAAUGUGGGGGCCUAUGAGUGACCUCAGAAGGCUGGAUUAGACAAAACAAACAAUUUAAACAAGACUGAAUCCAAAUAAAACCAUCAACUCAAAACCUAAAA